UCUAUGGACACGUAGAUGAUUUGUAAAUUCUAUGCUAUUGUUCAUAAUUUAUUAAAGAAAACCCCAAUUUUUCUAUUUGUUUAUACCGUUUUGAUUUAAGAAAAUUGAGCAAUUGUUAAUUGGACAAUUGAAUCCUAGAUAUCUAAGAUGGCGGACAAACAGUUAUCCGAAGAAGGAAACAAUGUUCCCCUCACAGAUAAUAGCCUGCUUGUCGAUAUAUCCGAUGCUCUUAGCGAAAAAGACAAAGUAAAAUUCACUGUUCACACAAGAACAACAAUGAAAGCUUUUCAAAAGACCGAGUUCCUAGUAGUGCGUCAACAUGAAGAGUUCAUUUGGCUUCACGAUAGAUAUGAGGAACAACAGAUAUAUGCAGGAUACAUAAUACCACCCCCACCACCUCGUCCAAAUUUCGAUGCUUCAAGAGAAAAACUACAGCGUCUUGGUGAAGGAGAAGGUACAAUGACAAAGGAGGAGUUCACCAAAAUGAAACAAGAGCUUGAGGCGGAAUACCUAGCAACAUUUAAGAAGACUGUAGCUAUGCAUGAAGUGUUUCUUACUCGUUUGGCUAGCCAUUCUGUGUUUAGAGAAGACCGGCAUCUACAUGUUUUUCUUGAAUAUGAUCAAGAUCUAUGUGCAAGACCUAAAGGAAAACUUCAGCAGCUUGGUGGUUUCGUCAAAUCAAUUGGCACUACAACGGAUCAGUAUUACCUUAAUGCGACAGUGAGGGAUGUUAAUGACUUCUUUGAACAGCAGAUGAUUUCUUUGACAGAAUAUUAUAAUCAACUCAAGGAAGCUACAAGUCGUACAGAUAAAAUGACUGAAAAACAUAAGGAAUUAGCUGAUAGUUUCAUUAAAAUAUCUGGUGCAUUAGUGCAAUUGGCCAAUAUUGAUCCUGGUCCAUUAGAUAAACAACUUGCAAAGUUAGCAGAUACUUUUGAAAAAGUCAGGAAAUUGGAGAGCAGGGUUGCCUGUGAUCAAGAUUUGAAGCUUGCUGACACUCUUAGGUACUAUAUGAGAGAUAGUCAAGCUGCAAGAGCUUUACUUGUUAGGAGAUUAAAGUGUUUAGCCAACUAUGAAAAUGCAAAUAGAACUUUAGAAAAAGCAAGACAUAAAAACAAGGAUAUACACGCUGCUGAAACAGCACAGUCUGCCGCUUGUGAACAAUUUGAAGCUAUUUCCGCCCAAGCCAAAGAAGAAUUGCUUGAUUUUAAGACCAGAAGGCUUCACGCAUUCAGAAAGAGUCUUAUCGAGUUGGCUGAGUUAGAAAUUAAGCAUGCUAGGACCCAGCAGGAUCAGCUAAAGAAGUCAUUGGCUUAUUUGAAAGAACUAUCAUAAGCCUAAUAAGUAUCAUUUCACUAUUUGUAUUGAAUUAUUAUUUUAUACCAUUAUAUAUACAUUCCGAUCAUAUUGAAAAUUUAAUUGCCUAUUAUUUUCUCGGUUCAAUUAUACAAAAUUGAUAUAUAUUAUGUAAAUAUUAUAUGAGCCCUAUAUUAUAUUGUAUGUUGUUUACAUUUGAUUAAAAGAUAUUUUCAAGUUA